AUGGGUUCCAAUUUUGAAGACGACAUUUACGGUGGAUUCAGUGGGGUUACGAACAAACUCUUCAACUACGACGCCAAGGAGGAUCAAGCCUUUCAGAAUGCGGUCCGUACAUCCAGCUACGGGAAAAAAGCAACUACACCAAAGUUCUUCUGGAACGGUGACAAAAUCGGUUCGGCAGAACCGGCUACCGCAAUGGCAAGACCAUCCACCGCGAUCCGACCGGUCGGCUACUCAUCCCAUAAUUCCAAACUGUUUGAUCCACUGAACCAGGCCGCCAAAAAGAUCGUGGUGAUGGAAAACAAGAAGGAAGAAACUCCCGAACAGCGGUAUAAAAAUCUCGAAACAAAAAUUUACUCGCUGCUGGAAGAAUCGAUCGUGGCCAGCACCGGAUCCAAACCGGACAUGGCGACAAGUUUGGCAAAGGCGAAGGAAGCAUCUUCGCUCGAUCGUACGUUGCUAAGGAUGCGUGAUCAGGAUGGGGGCACCUAUACGCACAACUUUGACCUGACGUUCUUUGUACUGUUUAAUUUGGCCAACGUUUACGCAAAGAACGAGAUGUACAUAGAGGCCCUCAACACGUACACGCUGAUGACGAAGAAUAAAAUGUUUCCCAAUGUAAAUCGGCUAAAGAUCAACAUGGGCAACAUUUACUUUCAGCUGGGUUUGUACACGAAAGCGAUCAAGAUGUACCGGAUGGCGUUGGACCAGGUGCCGGGAAAUCAGAAGGAGCUGCGGCUUAAGAUUACACACAAUAUAGGCAUCCUGUUUAUCCGGAUGGGUCAGUAUUCGGAUGCAGCAACAAGCUUUGAGUUUAUCAUGUCGGAAAAAGGUGAUCUCAAGACGGGACUGCACUUGAUCCUGUGCUAUUAUGCGUUGGGUGAUGUGGAAAAGAUAAAGCAUGCGUUUCAGCUACUGCUGGACAUUCAGAUUGACUACAACGAGGAGGAGAAAGUGUUUCAAGCGAAUUCAAAUCCUUCGUAUGAGUACAUUAACGAGCUGAUCAAAUCGGACGAACUGCACAGCUAUGAGCGCAAACUGCGUCAUUUGGCCGAGAAGAACAUCCUCAUCUCGGCAAACCUAAUAUCGACUAUCAUUGACGAUUACUUUAAUGAUGGAUACAGUUGGUGUGUGGAAACGAUUAAGAAUUCUUACUUCUCGUCGUUGGCCACCGAUCUGGAGCUUAAGAAGGCGGUUAUAUACUUGAAGCAAGACGACUUCCAGCAGGCAAUCGAUACGCUGAAGUACUUCGAGAAGAAAGAAUCGAACAUCGCAAUUAAUGCUGCCAUUAAUUUGAGCUUUAUCUACAUACUGAAAAAGGAUGUUGCCGCAGCUGAAAACUAUGCCGAGGCUGCUAAAAAGAUUGACAGCUACUGUCCGGCGGCUUUCAUAAAUAGUGGUGUUUGCUUUUUCAUGAAAACUGACUACGAAUCGGCCAAGCUUAUGUUUACCAGUGCGCUCGAUAUUGAUUCCACAUCGUUUGAGGCACUGUACAAUAUGGGUCUAAUCUUCAAGAAGCUCGGCGAUCAUAACAGUGCGCUGUUGUACUUCCGGAAGAUCAUUUCGAGUCUCGGACACGAGCAACAUCCGGAGGUUCUGUAUCAGAUCGCCAGCUUGUACGAUCUGCUCGGUGAUGUCGGAACGGCUCUGGAGUAUUACCUGCAGCUGCUCAGUCUGGUGCAGCAGGACAAUCGUAUCAUCCAGAAGAUUGGUGAGCUGUACGAGGCGGAUGGUGAACGACAACAGGCGUAUCACUAUCACCACGAAUCGUACCGUAUCUAUCCGAUCGAGGCGACCGUUGUGAACUGGCUUUGUUCGCACUACAUCGAGCUGCAGGUGGUGGAGAAAGCGAUCGGAUUCUACGAGAAGGCGGUCCUUCGCAAUCCGCUCGAUCCGUACUAUUUGCUGCGGAUUGCUGGUUGCUAUCGGCGGAUCGGCAAUCAGCAACGAUCGAUGGCACUGUUCCGUAUGAUACAUGAGAUCUAUCCGGAGAAUACGGAUUGUUUGAGGGCGCUGAUGCACUUGGCCCAGUCGCAAGGCAAUGGGGAGCUGUACGAGCGGUACAGCGGUGAACUGCAGAAGCUCGAGAAGCAGAAGGAAGUCCGUCAGCGAAUUGGCAAUGGGAGACCAACGAAUUCUGGCAGUUCGCGUAUGUCCAGCGGAGAUUACAGCGUACGAUCAGCCGGUCAUGAAGGAUAUGUGCCUGGGACGGGCACAGGUUCUGCCCACUCAUCGGCCGGACUACCAUCGAAAAGUGCUGAUGUAUCGCCCGAAUACAGCAACAACUUUACACCGCACACCGGUUAUGGGUAUGCGGAUCCCCUAGGACCACCACAAGAGCGACCACGCACCGGCGUACGCAAAAAUCUCACAUUUGACGAUGAUUCGGAUGAAGAAAUUAACACGAUCGACUUAUUACCCGCCUAA